AGUUCCGCAGCCGUUUGGGCUCAGGUUGUUGUGGCGCAGUUUUUUGUUGGGGCGCAACCCAACGUGCAGUAGCAUUGAAGACUCGGUUUCGAACGCGAGACCAGGCUAAUGGCGCCGCUGCGCUGCAACCUCGCCUCGGCUCCCGCGAGGCAUCGUCUUGGGGGCGUGGCGGGCAAGGAGGGCCGCGAGAAGAUUGUUUGGAAGGCCACAUUCAUCGACGUGGACUUCGAGGUGGGCAACGACGAGCGCCAGGGCUCGCUCAGUCCUCGGCCCUGCAGCGAGCCCUGCAGCGAGUCGUCGUCCUGCCGCAGCGCGUUCUUCGACGCCGACCGCAUGCGCGCUGCUGCGCUGUCGAAGCGCAUGGACGAGGCGUGGGCCUCGAACAGCCGGGAGACGAUGCGGAAGCUCUUGUUCGCAGGCCCGAGUGUCGAUUCUUUGGGCCAGGCCCGCGAAGCAGGCGGGACCAGGCAAACGGCAACGCCAUGUGGAGACCUCGCCAUGGCUCCCGCGAGGCAUCGUCCUGGGGGUCCUGCGGACAGGGAGGGCCUCGAGAAGAUAAAGUGGAAGGCCACAUUCAUCGAUGUGGGCAACGACGAGCGCCAGGGCUCGCUCAGUCCUCGGCCCUCCAGCGAGCCCUGCAGCGAGUGGUCUUCCUACCGCAGCGAUUUCUUCGACGCCGACCGCCUGAGUACUGCAGCGCUGUCGAAGCGCAUGGACGAGGCGUGGGCCUCGAACAGCCGGGAGGCGAUGAAGGACAGCCUCGAAAAGCGGCGCUUGUCAGCAGCCGCGGAUGCCAUCCACAGCCCACCUGAGCAGCUGAGCAGCUUCAUGCGGACCAAGUCCGAGAGCCUCGCCGACGGUGUCGUGGCCGCCGAUCCGCCGGGCAAGCUCCCCGAAAUCGUCAGAAAGUUGUCUGGCUCGAGGGUCACUGAGGAGAAGGAGGCGAUGCGGGUCAAUCCGAGCGCCACCGUGCAGAGGCCCGCGAGGCCUGCCCUCGAUGGCCAGGAGUCGGCGACCCAGCUGUGGGCCAUGCCCGACAAGCCCGAGCAGGUCACCAGGGAGGCGGUUGGCCAGGCGGCCGGCACGCUGGGCUGCGUGGAAGGCGGCGGCGCGGACGGCGCUCUGGCGGACCCCUGCGGUCGGUGGCAGGCCAGUCCCGCCCCUGGCGCUGGGUGCGCCCACCACUUCAAUCCUGGGAGCCUGGGCCACCCCGAGAUGUGCGUCAGGCCGUGCCUGUACUUCUUGCAGGGCCAGUGCACGAGCGGCAGCGAGUGCAGGUUUUGCCACUGCCAGCACCCGACUCGGCCGGUGCACCUCGGGAGGUCGCACAGGAAGACUUUGGAGGCGGCGACGGCAGAUGAGUGUUUCGCCAUCUGUCUGCCCAUCCUGGAAAGGAAAAUGAUCUCGCUGCGCUUGGCCACGGACACCCUCCAGUCGCUGGCUAGCCAGCAGGGCGCCGUUCUAGGUGGGUCUCCCAUCGGCACUAACAGCCGGGCCAAGUCUCGGGGGCUGCAGUCUUUGGAGAAGGUUUUUGCGGCUUUGUCCAUGCGGACGCUUUUGGUGGUUAUGCACAGGAAGAUGGCGGCGCAUGAUUCACGCCAGAAGACCCUGCUGGACGCGCUGACUCAGAAGUUGCGCGAGACGGGCUUCAUCCUUGAACUCGGGGAGGAGCUCCGGGAUCACGCUUGAGGCUCGUCCUUGGUCUGUUUUUCCUGCACUCAGCAGCACUUGGUGAGACAGCCCCAGGAGGCGCGGCUGCGGGCGUAGCCCAGACGCGCAGCGCCAAGUCCGAGGCCCAGAGUUCGUGAAGCGGUGCGCGUUAGCCUCAGCAACGAGCUAUCACGGGCCCCGCUUCGGAGCGUCCAUGCGCGCUCUGACCGUGAGCGCGUCAGCACGGCUAGGUUGCGUCCGAUCUGCGUCCUUGUUUCACCACUGCAU